AUGGCGGACAACACCAAGCAGAUCAAGAGCGCCAUCAACGCCAAGAAGCAGGCAAUCGCCGUAGAAGAGCAAGGACGUGCAGAAUGGGCAGGCCAGCUUCUGGAGAUGGAGACGUUGAUCGCGACGGUCGGAGAGACUGAAGAAACAGGAGCCAUGCGUGCGGAAAUCGUGGGUCGUGUCGCCGAGCACGACACCAAACUCGAGGUCCUGCGAUCCGAACUCGCCGCUCUCGAGGCCCAGCUUCCUGAGGACGCCGCUGAACCUGCCGGUCCCAAGUUCGAUAUUGAGAAGCACCCAGUCCUGCGCAAGACCAUGGAGAAGCAAGAGCCCGAGAAGGCCAUCGUAUUGAACAUUGGCGACAUCUGCGAGGCGCAGUGGACUGACAGGUCCUGGUACAAAGCCAAGAUCCAGAGUAAACUCGGCGCCGCCUCAGCCCCCAAGUACCUUGUUCGUUUCAUCGAGUACGACGACACCCUGACCGUCGAUGGCUCCGCCGUACGCCCUCUGCCGAACAAGCGCAAGCGCGACGCCGAGCCUGCGUUCGCCGCAACCCCGUCUGCGCCCGUUGUCUCGAGUGCCCACGUCAUCUCCGGAGCUGCUAGCAUGAACCCGAGUGCGCAGGCUGCCAAGAGCGCCGGAGCUGCCCAGGACGGAGAAGAGCGGAAGGCUAGUCGCAUCGCCAACAAGGGCAUCCUCAAGAAGAGGCAGUCAAACUGGGCCGACUUCCAGAACAAAGGUAAAAAGAAGGGCGUUGUCAAGAAGGAGUCCAUGUUCCGUACCAGUACCGAGGCUGGCAGUCGAGUCGGCUUUACGGGCUCUGGCAAGGGCAUGACCGAAACCCACAAGCGUCAGCGUUACGACCACAAGGCCGACGCUGACCAGGACGAGGAGUACUCUGGCGACCGCAAAGGCUUCUAG